AUGCCUGCCUCGCAAUCACCGUCCACCUCCACAUCCACAUUCCAGAGACAGCUGGAGUGUGACCCUUCAGUGGAGAAUCUCACGCAAGAGGAGUCACUCCCGCAAUAUGUUGAGAAUGAAAAGAGUCUGGAGAGUUGCACACAAUCUCCACGGUCCUCACAGUCGACGGGUUCGAAGAUCAAAUCGGCCGUUUGGUCCUUUGUCAAAGGGGAUGUAUACAAACACCAUCCGGCACGUGUGCAGGAGAAGUAUUUCAACUCGAUAAUGGAGGCCCAGAAAUCGGUCGAUCAGACGCAAUCACCGCGAAGCUCAUCAUGA